CUGGUCCCCGUGAUCCAUCGUUCUCGAUGGAAGAAAGACGGAUGCAAGAAGCAACGGCGUCAAAUCCAGCUCAAUCAGCAGAUAAUUUUGAAAUGAAGGCCAUCAAAGCCAUGGGAGCCACGGAGGAAGGUGAUGCAGUUUUUGGCACCGGUGCAGAGGUGAAUCUGGACUCACAGGUGCUUCGUGUCUCCAAUUGUCUCGACUAUCGACCGAGAAAACCAAAAUAUUUCAACCACGUCCACACUGGAUAUGAGUGGGAUAAGUUCGCUCAAACGUAUUACGAUCACAAUAAUCCACCUCCGAAGAUUGUGCAAGGUUAUAAGUUUAACAUCUUUUACCCUGACCUUGUCGACAAGACUGAGGCCCCAACAUACGCGAUUGAAAAGGAUGGGAAUAGCACAGAGACGUGUAUCAUCCGGUUCCACGCCGGGGCCCCAUAUGAGGACAUUGGUUUUAGGAUUGUUAAUAAAGAAUGGGAAUAUUCACACAAGAAGGGAUUCAAAUGCGCUUUUGAAGGAGGGAUUUUCCAGGUUUAUUUCAUCUUCAGACGUCAUCGCUACCGUCGGUGAACAGAUUUGU